AGCGAGCGAGCCAGGACUCAGGAGUGAAUUGUUUACUCUGUGGAAUCUAUCAGGAGCCGAAACUUUAGUCAGGUUUUGCUGUAUUCAUUUUAACCGAAAAGUUAUUUCAAACUGCAACCGCUCAAAAUAAUCCCCAUAAAGGACAUAUCUGCGGCUGGAUCGACUGAAUGAAACCAUGAGGAAUAAAAAACACGGCGGUUGUCGCGAUCUAAACUAACGUGACUAUCGAUCCAGCAGAGCCAAGCUUUUGAAAACGCCGAGCCAGGUACUUCGGCGCAGACUUUCAACGGUCGGUUUUUCCUACGGGUUUACCUGUGCUUACGUGGCACUUUUUUGACCUGGAUACUUAUUGUCAAAAAUCACGCUUUUGGGCUUUUUAUCCACUUUUGUCGUGGCGAUGUGAUGUAUUUUCAGAGGUUUAGUAAGUUGCGUGGCCGGGACUAGUUUACUUGCGCCGGGCAGCCAAUCAGCGGAAUAACACUCACUAUUUUUGCGUUAAUUUAACCACUUUUGCCUUAUUCACACGAUAGCCUUCAAAAACAGCCUCGUACCGCACCCUUCACAUAUUGACAGCGGGUUUCGAGGCGAGCUUUCACAAGGAGGAGAAGUGUCACCGCUGCGCGUGUGGUAAAAUGGAUGCGGGAAUGGAGAAGGAGUGUAGCGCUUUGGGAGGGCUCUUCCAAAUCAUCAUGAACGACAUGAAGGCGAGUUAUCCUGCCUGGGAGGACUUUGUCACCAAAGGGGCUAAGCUACAAUCUCAGUUAAGGACAACAAUCAUCGUCACUAGCUCAUUCCUGGAUGCUUUCCAGAAAGUGGCUGACAUUGCAACUGGAACACGAGGAGCGACGAAAGAGAUCGGAUCGGCUUUGACCAGGAUGUGUAUGAGACACAGAAGCAUUGAGAACAAGCUCAAACUGUUCACCACGGCUCUCAUGGAUAACUUGAUCACUCCUCUGGAACUGAAAAUUGAAGAGUGGAAAAAGGUUGCCAGUCAGCUGGAUAAAGACCAUGCCAAAGAAUAUAAGAAAGCACGAGCAGAGAUCAAGAAGAAAUCUUCAGAUACGAUUAAACUGCAGAAGAAGGUUAAAAAAGGUAAAGACGAGGUGCGGAUGCAGCUGGACAGCGCUCUUCAGGACGUCAACACACGCUACGCAGUUCUAGAGGAGACUGAGAAGAGAGCCGUGUGUCGAGCACUUGUCGAGGAAAGAGGAAGAUUCUGCUCAUUCGUCACAAUGCUCAAACCUGUCCUGGAUGAAGAGAUAAGCAUGCUUGGUGAAGUCACCCACUUACAGACAAUUCUAGAAGAUCUUGGCAACCUAACGGCUGAUCCCAACACACUGCCUCCUGCUAGUGAACAGGUUAUUCUUGAUCUGAAAGGCUCAGACUACAGCUUCUCGUAUCAGACUCCACCCGCUUCUCCUAGCAACACAUUAUCACGCAAGGGCAGCAUCAGCAGUAACUACACCUCUGUGCGUCAUGUCCCAUCUCUGGACUCCAUCUCCAGCGCAGUAGAUGGGCUUCAUCUGAGAGCACCAGACGCAACACAGGAGAAAGGCCAGAUGUCUCCUGGCACAGAGAACGGGACCUCCAUGCCCCCACUGCUCAAAGCUUACAGCGGGCAUGAGGAGAGAGCCAGGACACUGUCCACCUCGGGCAAGCCACAGUCAGCCAGGGAGCAGCUGGCUCUUACUCUUGGAGGCAGGCUUAAUUCAGAAGCUCCUCGGACCAGCCGAGAUUCCCUCCACUGCUCCAGCGGAUACAGCACCCAGACAACCACGCCGUCGUGCUCAGAAGACACCAUUCCCUCGCAGCAUGCGGUAAAGAAAGAACCUCCUCUAUAUGACUAUGAUUACAUCUCCCUGCAUGGAGGCGAGGAUGCCCACAGCCAGUCUGAAUUUGAUAGAUCUUCCACGAUUCCUCGCAACAGCGACUUGGGUCUCAAUUACCGCAAAAUGUUUCAAAGCAAGAGGCCAGCUUCUACCGUCAGUCUGCUGAUGGAUCCGGAGCCUAUAGGACCCCACACGGCCACCAUCCGCCGUAAACCCUCCAGCAAGCCCAACAUCCGCCGUGGUACCAUCAGUGGAGGAGUGCCUAUCCCCAUCUCCACACCACAGGUGCCGCUGAAGGCAUCUGUUUCCACCGCCGGCCUAAGCUGCAGUGAGGAGACCAUGUGCCCUCCUGGGGUGAUGCAGAGUAACAGGGUAUCUGGUUCUGAUCUGGUUCACACCAGACAUAAUUUCUGUACGUCCACUCAGAGUCUGAGUGCAAUGCCGCCUCCAUACUAUUCCAUGUUCCCUGGGCAGCCACCAGUGGGUGGCACAGAGCCACUGUAUCAAAUGAGCAAGCAACAGCAGUAUGCACUGCACCAACAGCAACAGAGGCAAUAUCAUCAACAACAACAAUAUAAUCAACAGCAAUAUAAUCACCAAAAGUACAAUCACCAACAGCAGUAUAACCAACCACAGGAGCCGCAAUAUCAACAGAUACAUCAAAAAGAGCUGCAGCAGAAACUCGAACGGCAGCAACAUCAAAAUCAGCAGCAGAUUCAAAACAUGGCAGCUCACAAUUCCAGCUUGCCCACUGAAAGCGGGAAGAUCAAUUCUGCUCAGCCUGGCGUGGAUCAUGUCGACGGCGUUCCUGAUCCAGGCAGUGGAGGUGACAUGUUGAGUAUGAUCCGAAGAGUCAAACUACGUCGGACACUAACCAAUGACCGUUCGGCGCCUUUAAUCACCCCCAACCAUCUCAACUGAUUUUCUUUUUCCCGCUCUUUGAAUUCAUCUGUGACUUUUUACGGUUGCCUUUGCCUUCUUUUCGUUUAGCAACUUUUUCAUGCCUUUUAUUGUUGAGGUUUGCAUAAUUUUUUUUUUUUUGUUUUUAAGUGGGGGCAAAACGGUUGACUAAUGCGCGACUCCUGCCACAUGAAAAGACGUUCGAUUUAACUUCACUGUGCGCGAAGAACAACCGUUUUGCAGUGUCUGUGCAAAUGUUGCCUCUCAAUAAAUUAAAGUUAAUUCUGCAGGCUGUGUGCUUUACAUAUAUAUGUAAACCUAUAUAUAU